AUGACCACAGUUCACAUUAUUGACGUCGAGAGCGGUAAUCUGCAAUCGUUAAUCAAUGCCAUCGAAAUCCUUGGCUUCAAAGCUCAAAUAGUCAAAUCUGCCGAUGAUCCUGAAUUGGCAGCGGCGGAAAGACUAAUGCUACCUGGUGUCGGAAAUUUUGGUCAUUUCCUCGACAGUUUGACAUCUAAGGGCUUUGAAAAGCCUGUCAGAGAAUACAUCGCCUCUGGAAAACCCAUCAUGGGCAUCUGCGUUGGGUUGCAAUCUUUCUUCGCGGGAUCAGAGGAAUCGCCUAAGAGCUCAGGCUUGGGCUUCUUAGAUUUCAAACUAGAAAAAUUUGACUCAUCGGAGAAACCGGUCCCAGCAAUUGGUUGGAACACCUGCACGCCACAUGAAAAUCUGUUCGGUUUAGACCCUUGCAACAGAUAUUACUUCGUGCACUCGUAUGCCGCAGUUCUCGACUCGGCUACCAAAUCUGCGCUGGACAGUGCCGGUUGGAACAUUGCAACGGCUAGAUAUGGCUCUCAGGAAUACAUCGCAGCAAUUGCAAAAGGCAAUAUCUUUGCUACCCAAUUUCACCCAGAAAAAUCAGGACACGCCGGUUUGGCCAUUCUGAAGAAUUUCAUUGAACAAACUCACCCUAUUAUCAAACACUCGGAUCACGAAAAUUCAUUGUUGUUAAACGACUAUUCGAAUUACGGAUUGAGUAGAAGAAUCAUUGCAUGUUUGGAUGUUCGCACCAACGACCAAGGCGAUCUAGUGGUCACGAAAGGUGAUCAAUACGACGUGCGCGAGAAAGAAGAGGGUGGGAAUGUCAGAAACUUGGGCAAACCUGUUGAAAUGGCCAGAAAGUAUUACGAACAAGGCGCUGAUGAAGUGACGUUUUUAAACAUUACCAGUUUUAGAGACUGCCCACUGAAGGACACACCCAUGCUUGAUGUUCUCAAAAUGGCUGCAAAAACAGUUUUUGUACCACUAACCGUUGGUGGUGGUAUUAAAGACAUUGUAGACGUCGACGGAACGCAUGUUCCUGCUCUUCAGGUAGCAACCUUGUACUUCAACUCCGGUGCCGACAAAAUAUCUAUCGGUUCGGACGCUGUAUAUGCUGCUGAAAAAUAUUACGAACGUGGCGGACGCGGUGAUGGCACUUCUCCCAUUGAAACUAUUUCCAAAUCCUACGGUGCACAGGCAGUAGUUAUUUCCGUGGAUCCCAAGAGAGUGUACGUUGAUGGGCCCGAACAAACCAAACAUAAGACAAUCAAAACCAAGUAUCCUAACGAAAAGGGCCAGGAAUGGUGCUGGUACCAGUGCACGAUCAUGGGUGGAAGAGAAAGUAGAGACUUGGGCGUAUGGGAGCUUACACGGGCUUGUGAAGCUUUGGGUGCUGGCGAAGUGCUCCUCAACUGCAUUGAUAAAGAUGGCUCAAAUUCGGGAUACGAUCUGGAACUGAUAGAACACGCUAAAGGCGCCGUUAGUAUUCCAGUAAUUGCAUCCAGCGGUGCAGGUGUUCCGCAGCACUUUGAAGAAGCGUUUAAGAAGACUAGAGCUGACGCUUGUUUAGGUGCAGGUAUGUUCCACAGAGGCGAAUUCACCGUAGCCGACGUAAAAAAACACUUGUUGAAGAGCGGCUACAAGGUAAGGAUGGAUGAGGACAGAUCAACCAUCUUAUAA